GUAAUGGACCCUCAUUUACCUUCAAAGACAGGCACUACCUUCUCUCGAACUUGCUUCAACGGAGUCAACACUCUUGCAGGUGUUGGGAUUUUAUCAAUUCCGUAUGCAUUAUCAGAAGGAGGAUGGCUAAGCUUGGCGCUUUUCCUCCUCAUUGGCAUAAUAUGUUGUUACACUGGUUUACUGCUACAGAGAUGUAUGGACUCUAACUCUCUUGUUAGAACCUAUCCUGAUAUUGGGGAGCUAGCGUUUGGGUCUUGGGGCAGAAUCGUAGUGUGUGUUUUCAUGUACCUUGAGCUCUACUUAGCCGCGAUUGAGUUCAUGAUACUAGAAGGUGAUAACCUGCACAAGUUAUUUCCAACCGCAAACUUUAACAUGGGCAGACUAAAGAUUGGAGGGAAGCAGGGAUUCGUGUUGCUUGCGGGUCUUAUAGUUUUGCCUACUACAUGGUUACGGAGCUUGGGCGUGCUUGCUUACGUGUCGAUUGGUGGGGUUCUGUCUUCUCUCAUUGUGGUCUGUUGUGUACUUUGGGCCGGAGCUAUUGAUGGUGUCGGGUUUCACGAGAAGGGAAUCCUUGUGAAUUGGAGGGGUAUUCCAACCGCUUUAAGUUUGUACGUUUUCUGCUUCAGCGGGCAUUCGGUCUUCCCUACGAUAUACACCUCCAUGAAAGACAGGACCAUCUUCUCCAAAGUAUUAUACCUCUGCUUCGUACUGUGCACGUUGAUGUAUGGACUAAUGGCCAUUAUUGGAUACUUGAUGUAUGGCCAAGCUGUGAACCCACAAGUCACGUUGAAUCUUCCGGUCGGGAAAUUGAGCUCGAAGAUUGCAAUCUACACAACUCUAAUCAACCCACUGACUAAGUACGCGUUGCUUUUGAUGCCCAUUGCAAAUUCAAUUGAGGAUUGGUUUGAACUCUCAAAGCUAAGGUCUAUUAGCAUCCUGAUUCGAACUGGGCUAGCAAUCAGUACAGUGGUUUUAGCCUUAACUGUACCAUUUUUUGGAUACGUGGUGGCCUUGACAGGUUCAUUCCUCAGCAGCACUGCUACAAUGCUACUACCAAGCAUAUGCUACCUCAAGGUCUUCAAGAAUAGUCGGCGUUUGGGAAUGGAGUUAGUCAUUAUAAUAGCAAUUGCAGCAUUGGGAGCAGCGAUUGCGGUCAUUGGUACAUAUACUUCAUUAAAGCAGAUUAUACAGAAUCUAUAAGCAUGUAAUUCCUCCUUAUGCGAGAUUUAAUAUCUGUGAACAUCUACCAUAAUGAGUUAGGACUUCAUCUAUCCACUGUAUAUCUGAUAAAAAUUAACAAGGAUGAAUGUUACGUAAUGAAUGCAAUGUUAUGUUAUAA